GUGUUGGCUACUUUACUUUAAGUUUAUUUCCCACAUCAUGACUAACAUGUCCCAGUGAAUUUCAAACCCCUGCUAGAAGACCCCGUGGCGAACGCGUCGGCAUUGCGCAGAUUCGGUUUGAACCUGAAGCGGAGUGACCUUCCCUGGGAGGAGAGUUGUGCAGAUCAGAGGCAGAAAGAAUUCACACAGAGCACCGAUGGUUACUCUCCAGUCCGCCGCUCCUGCCUCAGAAAUGAACAACAACUUAGUGGGAGAUGAAGUGGGGAAGCUUUUUGUGGGGGGGUUAGACUGGAGUACCACACAGGAGACGCUACGAAACUACUUCUCUCAGUAUGGUGAAGUGGUGGAUUGUGUUAUCAUGAAGGAUAAAAGCACAAAUCAAUCCCGGGGCUUUGGGUUUGUGAAGUUUAAAGACCCCAACUGUGUUCGGACGGUGCUGGAGACUAAACCUCACAACCUAGAUGGAAGAAAUAUUGAUCCCAAGCCUUGUACUCCCCGAGGGAUGCAACCUGAAAAGACCCGCACAAAGGAAGGCUGGAAGACGGGAAAAAGUGAUAGCAAUAAAUCUAAGAAGAUAUUUGUUGGUGGGAUUCCUCACAACUGCGGGGAACCUGAACUCAGGGAUUAUUUUAACAGAUUUGGUGUGGUCACAGAGGUGGUAAUGAUCUAUGACGCGGAAAAACAGAGGCCCCGAGGUUUUGGAUUUAUUACUUUCGAGGCCGAACAAUCAGUGGACCAGGCUGUCAACAUGCAUUUUCACGACAUCAUGGGCAAAAAAGUUGAAGUGAAAAAGGCGGAACCCCGCGACAGCAAAGCGCCAGGCCCUGGGCAGAUCGGCGCCAACCAGUGGGGACCUAGGGGCAUCUUGAGCGCGGCCAAUGGCUGGUCAGCUCCACCAGCUCAGGGCUGGCAGCAGAGCUACGGACCUCAGGGGGUUUGGGUGUCCACAGGUCAACCCAUAGGUGGCUAUGGCCCCCCAUUACCAGCAGGCCGAGGAGCCCCAGCACAACCCCCCUCACCGUUCAACGCUUUCCUCGUCACGGCGGCCCCGGCCGGCAGCUUCGCGGCACCUCAGGGAUACCCACAGCAGGGCUACAGCACACCUCCUCAGUUUGGUCAGUCUUGGGGCUACAGUUUCGGGACGCCUCAAGGUGACCAGUUUGUGCCGCAGGGGAUGCCUCCGCCUCCCACCACCCCGGGCACGGCACCCCUGGGCUUUGCCCCUGCCACCACCCCCACUCAGGAUAUGAGCAAAGCCGCCGCGGGUCAACCAGACUUCCCCUACAGCCAAUAUGGACCAUGGUCGUGUCAGCAGUCUUUUCCUUCCUCUGCCUAAGAUGUUAAGAUUAACAAAUCAAUUUGGCUUCAUGGCAAAUCCUAUAAAAUCUUUCGACAUCAACAAGUUUUCCUUUCACCAUCUCUGCCAAAGCCUCUCUGCCUUUCAGAUGUCUGAUCUUUGUGUGUUUUGCAACAUCCCACAGUUAAGUCUAUAAGAGUCUCCUAGGAGAGAGUUCAGACACACCUGCUCAGCUUUCUUAUUCAAUACAGAUAUUAAUAUUGGCUAAAGCUAAAGCAAUCCAGAUGUUUAAUUCGUAGCGACACACAUAGCAUACUGUGUUAUAUUGGAAUUGGUCCUCAACAUACAGCGCAGUAGAAGUUUGACCUCAUAAGCCCUUUGAUAACACUGUGCUGUACUCUUCAAAGAACUUUAUCUCAGGGCCCUGAGGCCAGUUUCUGCUGACAAUGUUGAUGGAUCAAAGCCAAUGCAAAUACAAAUUAAACAAGAAGCAGCAGUUCACUGUCAACCAAUUUUAAUCAAGCUCUAAUUUUGUUUCAUGCACUCAAGCUCCCUUUCUGGUGUUUUGCAUGUGUUCUAUGUUGUGUGUGUAUGUCUGUGUGUGUGUAUUUGUGUUAUGUGUGUGUGUGUGUGUGUGUGUGUGUGUGUGUGUGCGCCCACACGCGCUUGUGAAUGCAGGUUACGGCCAGGACCUGAGCGGGUUUGGGCACAGUUUCGCAGACCCCACCCAACAGACAGCGUCUUACGCGGCCCCCACGGCACAGCCCUCAGCGGGCCCCCAACCCGCGGCCAGCAGCUUCGCCCGCGGCCAGAACCACAAC